CCCACCCACUCACCCACCAGCGACACCCUCUUCCACCACAACAACCGCCACAAACCACCACCGCCUUUUUUUCGCCCGCAGCAUUUCCAUCCGCCAACAACUAGUUUACUCAGCAUUGUUAUCGACGGCCGCAUCCCGCACCACCACCCUCUCUUUCUCUUUCUCUUUCUCCUCCGACGCUCCUUUCGCAGGCCCUCGGGAGAAAAGAAGAAAGAAAAUUGUCACAUUCUGCUUGCUUUCGUCUCUUUUCCCACUCGUCCGGUUUCCUGUUUUAUUUAUUACGACUCCCUUCAACGAGUGACUCGCGGCCGGGUCACGGCUGUCUGUCGAAUCAUAGGCCCAAAACGUCACUCGGCCCAUCCUAGAAAGGAGACGGAGAAUAGAACGAAGGGGAAACCGAUAGCAACCAACGAGGAAGAAGGAAAAACCACUCCAUCCUCCCACACCGGCCACCGCCUUUCCGACACAUUGACGACCGUCGGCGCGACCUCAUCUUUCAACCUGCCAAUUGCGCCCUUUGAGCGGCGUGGACGGUCCUGUGUCUCCCCACCAUAGCCGGCGGCCGUUGAGGCCUCGCGUUCUCCAUCAAUCCAAACCAUCAUGGCCGAAUACCAUGGCGACCCGAGAGGCCACUCGUCCAACUACCAGCGCGAUGCUGCCUUCUCCAACAUUUUCGGCGCUGCCCCCCCGCCGGGUCGCUCCCAGACAAUGACCUCCUCCUCGAUGCCUCCUCAGAUGAUGCCGCAACAGGGCAGAACGCAGACAAUGUCAUCUUCGACCAUGUCUUCCAUGCAGCGACAACCGCCCCCGAGAGUCCCUCCGGGCCAAUACGUGGAUCGCGAGCCGAGCUCUCCGAGAGGCGCUCCCGUGCAGCAUAAUGGGUACGCGGCACAGCAGCGCUCGGCGUCUGGUGGCUACCAAGUGCCCAAUCCUCAAGCACACUACCUGCAGCAGCAACAGCAACAGGCUCGCCGCCCGUACGGAGGGCCUGCCGGUCCGCUCCCUCCGCGCGGCGACGCUCGUGGCCCGCCGCCCUCGUCCCAGGCCCAAUACGGUCCGCCAAGAACCGCAGCACAGAGAUACUACCAAGCAGGCGGGGGCGCUGGGCCGGCUUUGAAUAAUGAUCCCUACCGCUCGCAGUCUCUUGCUUCCGCCCCCAGACCGAACAUGUACCAGCCUCCCCCGAGCGCCUACGGUUCUCAACCGAGUCACCAAGCCCCGGCCAAUGCCUUCCGUCAACCUCCGUACAAUCCGAGUUCGUCCCGAACCACGGCGCAAGGAAGGGUCGUGCCGGAACGCCACGACGACCGGGCCAUGUCAAUGACCGGCUACCCCCCUCAGGACCGCGAUAUGCAUCAGCAACAAAACUCGCACCAGACGAUGAGCGGCAGGGUCAUUCCGAACAGAAGGGCACCCGUGGAGUUGCCAGCCACCAAUGGCAGCUUUGGGGGAGGCUACACACCAGCGCCAGGGUCUCAGACGAGGACGACCAGCAUAGCUUCCUCGAAUGGCGAUUCGCACGCCCAAAGGACAAUGUCGAUGGCGUCUACGGUGGCACCAACGAUAACACCUUCGGAAAGCGACGCUGCGACACUGGCACAUAGGCCCUCCAUGAGCAAGUCCAUCGACGGCGAACGGCCGCCAACCGCCAAGAUCCGACCCCCCCUGGUAUAUCCCGCGCUGCUGUCGAGGGUUGCCGACUGCUUCCGACAAAAGAUCAUUACCGGCGACCGGACGAAGAACGAGCUCACGUAUAAGAACGCCUUCAGCGGUGCCGAAGCUGUGGAUGUCUUGUCGUACAUUAUUAGGACGACCGACCGGAAUCUGGCGCUGUUGCUGGGACGAGCACUCGACGCACAAAAGUUCUUCCACGACGUUACGUACGAACACCGCUUGCGAGACUCGACGUCAGAAAUGUACCAGUUCCGGGAAACUCUUAUGGAAGAACCCGAAGAGAAGCCUCCUGUAAACGGCGUUUUCGUCCUCCUUUCCGAGUGUUACUCCCCGACAUGUACGAGAGACCAACUUUGCUACUCCAUCGCCUGCCCACGAAGACUGGAACAGGUAUCUCGGCUGAACCUGAAGAUUCAGCCCGGUCUGAAGAAGGAGUCCGACAACGCAGCGAACGAGGACGAUGUCGACCAAACCGACGAGCAGAAGCUGUGGAUUAAUUCCGUCCCUAGGGAAGUGGCCGACAGCGUCGGCGACAGGGAGAAGAAGAGGCAGGAGGUUAUCUCGGAGAUCUGCUACACAGAAAGAGAUUUCGUCAAGGACUUGGAAUACCUUCGCGACUUUUGGAUCCUGCCCCUGCGGUCUAAGGCGUCUCCUAUCCCUGCUAACAAGAGGGAGAAGGUUGUCAAGUCGAUAUUCAGCAACAUUGUGGACCACCCGAGUCUUCACGCGGUGAGCUCGCGGUUUGCCAAGUCGUUGACAGAGCGGCAACAGAAGAAUCCGGUUGUCGGCAAUAUUGGUGACAUCUUCGCCGAGUGGGUACCUCAGUUCGAACCAUUCAUUUGGUAUGGUGCCAGGCAACUAGAGGCCAAGUUCGAAUUCGAGAACGAACGUUCAGCCAACCCCUACUUUGCCAAGUUUGUGGACGAGAUUGAGCGGAGAAAGGAGUCGCGCAAGCUCGAGCUCAACGGUUAUCUCACCAAGCCGACAACCCGAUUGGCUCGUUACCCGCUGCUGCUGGAGAACGUGCUCAAGUAUACAGAGGACGGCAACUCUGACAAGGAAGACAUCCCCAAAGUGCUAAAGUUGAUCCGCGACCUGUUGACGAGAGUCAAUGCCGAGUCAGGAAAGGCCGAGAACAGAUUUAAUCUAAGACGCUUGCACGAGCAACUGCGCUUCCGGCCCAACGAGAGGGUCGACCUGCGCUUGACAGAGGAGGGCAGAGAAUUGGUUUUCAAGAGCCAGCUAAAGAAGACACCGCAGGACGCCUCCGAGAUCACGGCCUUCUUGUUCGACCACGCGGUUCUGUUGGUGAGGGUCAAGCAAGCUGGCAAGGGCGAGGAGAUCAAAGCAUACAGGCGCCCGAUUCCCUUGGAGUUGCUCGCUAUUCGGGAGAUGGAGGAGGUGAUCCCUGGAUCUGGCGCCAUGAAGCGAUCGUCUUCGAGUUUGAUUCCUCAACUGCGGACCAACACGAACGACAGCAAGAAGGGCGAAGGCUGGCCGAUCACAUUCAGGCACUUGGGUAAAGCCGGGUACGAACUGACGCUUUACGCGUCGAACCAGGCAGCACGCAAGAAGUGGCUCGAGUUCAUUGACAGCGCCCAACAACGUCUGAGGGCUCGCGCCGACUUCUUCAACACCAGUGUUAUCUCGGCAGGGUUCUUUGUCGGUACGAACCAAGUUAACUGCGUCACGCCAUAUGAUGGUGGACGCAAGCUGCUGUAUGGAACAGAUAACGGCAUCUACCUCUCGGACCGCAAGAGCAGGGACGCGGUGCCCAAACGGGUCAUCGAGACGACGAGCGUCACCCAGCUCGAUGUUCUCGAGGAAUACGGUCUCCUUUUGGUGCUGUCGAACAAGGCGCUCUACUCGUACCCUCUGGGAGCUCUCGACCCCAACGAGCCCGCUCUUUCCAAGAGACCCAAGAAGAUCCAGAGCCACUGCAACUUCUUCAAGACGGGCAUCUGCCUGGGCAGGCAUCUUGUGUGCUGCGUCAAGUCCUCGGCUCUUUCGACUACAAUAAAGGUGUACGAGCCCAACGACGCCAUGUCCAAGGGGAAGAAGCAGAAGGGUUUUGGCAAGAUGUUUGCUGGACAAGACGAGCUCAAGCCGUUUAAGGAAUUCUACAUCCCCACGGAAUCGUCGUCGGUGCACUUCCUCAAGUCGAAGUUGUGUGUGGCGUGUGCCCGUGGUUUCGAGGUGGUGUCGCUUGAGACGCUCGAAACCCAGUCGCUUCUUGACCAGGCCGACACGAGUCUUGACUUUGUUGCGCGGAAGGAGAACGUCAAGCCGAUCCACAUUGAGCGCCUCAACGGCGAGUUCCUGCUUAACUACUCGGAAUUCUCCUUCUUUGUCAACCGCAACGGUUGGCGCGCGAGACCGGAAUGGCGCAUCGACUGGGAGGGAACACCACAGAGCUUCGCCCUCAGCUACCCGUGGAUCCUGGCCUUUGAGCAGAACUUCAUUGAGCUCAGAAACAUUGAGAAUGGCGCCGUGCACAUUGUGCCUCACAAGAACAUUCGGAUGCUGCACAGCAGUACGCACGAGAUCAUUUUUGCGUACGAAGACGAAAAGGGCGAAGACGUUGUCGAAGCCAUUGACUUUUGGAAGACCAACAACAGGAGAUCUGAAAUUCCUUGAAUCGACCCUGCGACACCAUAGCAUCUCACCCGUUGGGCGGGAGAUACCAUGUUUGAUUAAAGAUCGAUACCAGAGUGAUUUGACGACUCGACUUCUUUCGCAGCCUUUUGGCCGGCCACCAUUCCGCGGCGACGAGGGCCACGUUCUGCCCGGUACGCGUCACAUCCCAGAGACGUUGAUGUGGGGGAAGGGGAGGUUUUCAGAGCAGUCAAGGACACGUUCUUGCUGUCAUGGACAUAUGGUUAUGUUUUGUAUCCUCGUUUGUACUUGGAUGAGAGUUCUCACCUGCUUGGUACAGAAAGCCAUUCUUAUGCAUGAGCUGAAGGGGGGGCGAGCGUGGAAAAAAUGCAUGAAAGAGGGGUGAUGCGGGAUGGAGAGAAGAAGAACGUGCGUGGCGAGGAAGCACAAUGGUCAGCCGGAGGAGCAGCAGAGGUGGAUGCGAACAAUCUGAGGCUAGUUGUUCCCAUGCAAAGAUGCUGUGGCCUGCGUGACUGUGAUGUGAGAGAAGAGGAGGAGAACAUAGCGUGAGGGGCUGGUUGUUGGUUGGCUCGUGUACACCGUCGUUCGAGCUUCUGGGGGAUCCGAGGUUGCAUAGUGGUGCAUGGGGGCGGUUGGACUAAUUUCGACUUUUUCGUCAUUGCAUGAGCGUGUUCAAGAAUGAGACUGAGAUGGUUGUUUACCUAUAGCCGUGGUGAAGAUGUACCGCCCCCGACUCUCUCAGUGUCAUUCUCGUGCUCGUUGAAGUUUCACGAAACGGUCUGCAUGCGUGGGCUACCUCGGCCUUGUCUUUGGCUGUUGUUGGAUUCCAUGGCAGUCAAGUCUUCUUAUAGUUGGGCGAUACGGUAGACCUUAUAUUGACCUGAGAAAGAUGCGGAGGGUAUCUUUAAUUCGAGGUUGACCCUCCUUCGGCUGCUUCGAGGCAUUCGGGGUGAGAGCUUUGGGGCGAAGGGCAGGUAGAUGGGAGAUAGGCUUCCCUUUCCGACGUCGGCUGAUGACGGCGUUCAGGCACUCAAAACUCCAAAGGACUCCCACCUGCCUACCUACCUAGGCAGUCAGCCAGGUAGGUGUUACUUGGCCGGUAAAAGGAUACUUGUAAAUGAUCGCAUCCUCGCCUAGGAAAGGCCAACUUGCUCUUGCGAUGGGGAGUAUCUUCCCAUCCAGUCCGAAUGGCCUCCCAUCCCACUCAUCUAGACCGGCGGC